AUGUUUAUUCCCACGCACUUGCUCAAGAAGAAGUCCCCCAAGGAGUUUGCGGAGCUGUUCAAGGGCAAGUUGGAAGAGGAGCUCAAGUAUCUAGCGGCUAGCUUUCCGUUGGAGAACUGCAAGAUGUGCGAUCGCUUGAAUGAGUAUUUGAAGGAAGACGCGGGAUGGAGCAAGAUCUUGAUGGGGAACUCAUAG